ACAUUUUUUUAAAACUUAACAUUCAAAAUUUUCAGUGUUGACACAACCAAUUAUGACUUUCAAAUUUCCAUACUUCACACACUAGAUUUGCCUCAAAUUUCUACUAAUUAUACUAUGAACCAGAUAACACUAUAAAGUAACAAAAGAUAUAAACAAAUAAAUAUGUCAUCAAAUAAAGGUACUCACAGGCAUUUUGUCAACACAAAAAACAUACAAUAUAGAAGGAGUAAUGAAAAUUCACAAGGAGGUGAAAAGGGUGGUCACAUUACAUCAUAUAGAAAGGAUUACGAUAAAGGAAACAAAGACCAGAGACAUAUACACCCACUUGUGCCUAAUAAAGAAGACUAUGAUGGACAAAAGAAAAUGGUUUUCAUAGGUAAAUUACAUUUACUAAAUAAAUAUCAUCUUGUUGAAGCAACUCGAGAACCUUCUAACCGCUUCCCAAAAAUGUCAAUUAAAUGUGAUAAACCUAUUAAACAAGCCAGAGGUGGUCGCAAUGUUUCAAAGGAAAAGGAUUCUAAAGAGAAGUCACCAGAUGUUAAUACCUCUCCGAACAGUCGUCCUCCAGUUGUAAAUGAAUCUAAUCAAACAGAACAAUUAUCAGACGUUACAAGUAAAAAGAAUCCUCAAGAAACAGAUCAUGUGCCAAUCCCAGAAAAAACACCUCAGAAAAAAGACAAUGGGGAAACAUCGGAAGCAGUCGCUACAAAUUUGCAUAACAACGUAAAUGUGAGUAAUGAAGAAACACCGUGUUCUUCAGGGUUGCAAGCAGUGCCAAAGAAAUCGAACGAUCAAGCGAAUCCAGAACAGGCUACUGAAAAAAAAUAUGAAAAUGGAAAUGAAUCGCCUAAACGUGUAACCUAUUUAAAAAACAAGAAGCUCCCUCAACCGAAAUUUCUUCCAACAGGUUCACUGAAUUUACCAGGAUAUGGAAAAUGUAAAAUUAAAAGAUGUCCAACUCCUAUUCCGAUGGACGUCAUUCCUUUAUCUGGCUUAGCUGAUGAAGCAUACAAACCAAUGACUUUAAGGAAAAGCCAAAUGAAAAACACUGAUUCAUUUGGGGUACAAGGGAAUUCUCCUAGCCUCUCACCUCCUACAGUAGCCAGCAACGCACACAGUUCUUUUGUACAUAGCUAUUGCAGAUUCAAAAACCCUUCAUUCAUAGCAAGCAAGAAGUACAAAAUACCAAGUGAAGUAUUAGAACCGUUAUGCCAUUCAAAACUUAAAUUUCUUAAAGAUGAAGAUUCGAUAAGUCCUGUUGUAAAACCGUUUCCUAAUACAAAUACAAGAAACCCUGAUGAUAUAGCGAAAGAGAUGGAUUCUUUACCAAAGGAAAUGUUAAAAGAAAGUUGCAACUCGAAGAUAGCAUUCAUGGUGAAUAUAAACAAUAGUGUAGAAGCACCUCCGAUUCCUCAUCUUAAUGAAAAUGUAAAUCCAUCGUCAAGACGGGAAACAUUUUAUACACUAAAUGCGACUCUGAAAUCUGUAAACACCAUGACUCCAUUGAGGAGUGCUGAUAUAGUCAAUAACAUCAUAAAAUCGCUGUCACACACAAAUGUAAUGUAUUCUAAAGUUCUGCCGAGUAAAAAUGACAUUACAAUGAUGGAAACAAAGUUGCAGAGACAGUGUGAUUACCUGGGCAAAACAGUGACAAAAGACAAUGGCACUGAAGAUGUUUUAAAUAAUUGUAGGACUAAUGAAGCAAUGGGCACUCAGCAUGUAUGUUGUGAGCAACACGGCGCAGGGAUAAAAAAAACUAUCGAACCAAAAAUAAAUCCUUUUCAACCAAAUACUGCUGCUGCUAACAACAUACUUGAGGCCCUUUUGAAAACCAAUAUUACAUCAGACAACAAAAAACCCAAUUUGACUUCUAGUAAAAGUGACUCUUCAUUACCCAAGUUGAGAGAUUAUUAUGAAUCCGAAUCGCCCACCAAGGCAUUAAAUAUACAAAAAGUGGAAAGUAGAUGUUUACUAAAUAACUGUGGACCUAAAACAUGUUGUUCACAUAAUCCAUUAGAAGAACCAAGUGCUAUAUUUUAUGAUCUGUAUCAAGGGGCAUAUAAAAGAUCACCUGAGGCAAGUGUAAUAGAGUUCUCCCAGAUGCCUGUUAAAUCUCCCAACUUGAAACCAAAUCCACCACUGGAAAAUGUUAUCCCAAUUCAAGAACUGCAAAAUUCAGGUCGUGUUUUUGACACAUUUCCUUCAACUUCGAGUAACCACAAUUUCCUACAGUGGCCGAACGUUGGUCAUUGUGCGGUACCUUCAUGGAUACCUUUUAGAAUGUCUCCAGCAAACGUGACCGACGAUCCAGCAGUCAACUGUCCAACUUCGUCCAAUCAAAGAUCCGUGUCAGAAACUUAUGUUAAUAAAGAGCAUAUGCUAUUGCUGUCAGCCUUAGGACCAUAUGUUGAUCAAGAGGCAAUUCAAGGAAAUGCAGUUUUGGGGCCACAUGGGUUUUAUCUUGGAAAAAUAAUAGGGAGAGGUGCUUUCUCAAUUGUUAGGGUCGCUGUUUCAAAGAAGCACAAUUUUCAAAGAGUCGCUGUGAAAAUUAUUGCAAAAUUUCAAGCACCAGACGAAUUGAUAAAAAAGUUUCUUCCUCGAGAAAUCUGUGUAGUAAAGGCUUUGACACACAAAAACAUUAUUCGGUUUUUAGCCACGAUUGAAAGCACACACAGAGUAUAUCUGGUCAUGGAACUAGCUGAAGCCGGUAAUUUAUUACAAUUUUUGCGAAGACAUGGAAGAGUGACUGAAUUAAGAGCAAAAGCCUGGUUCCAGGAACUAACAUCAGCAGUACAUUAUUGCCAUCAGAAUGGUGUCGUACACAGGGAUAUCAAAUGUGAGAACAUUUUAUUUGACUUAACCGGAUGCGUCAAACUAUCUGAUUUUGGAUUCGCUAAGACUGGGAUAUUUGAAGUGAAUGGAAUUGCGCCAACCAGUCAUACAUUUUGUGGAAGUUAUGCGUAUGCCUCACCAGAAAUUCUACGCUUAUCCACAUACCAGCCUCUGUUAGCAGAUGUAUGGUCAAUGGGUGUUGUCCUAUGGGCCAUGGUUUAUGGCAAGCUUCCUUUUGAUAGUUCCAGUUAUUCAAAAUUACUUAAGCAAGUGGAAACUCCAAUAGUAUUUCCUCAAACUCCUUCGAUUUCUAAAGAAUUACAAUCCUUAGUCAAACAAAUUUUUGUACCUGAAGCGACAAGAUUAAACAUACAAGGAGUCGCUUCUGAUCCAUGGCUUGUUAAUUUGAAAGUAGAAACAAAAGUGGUUGAAAAUACUGCCAGCCCACUUCAAACCAAACUUCCAACAGCUAGCGACAAACCGAAACCUGCAAAUUCCGGGCAAAUGCCAGCCCAAAGUCCCAGUCGGAAAGUUAUAAGUCCUGUAAAAGAACUUCCACCAGUCAGUAAUGCCAAACGUGUUGUAGUGUCUCGGAAAAUUUCUACUGAAAAUAAUAACAAAUCAGUGCCUAUUCAUCAUACUAAAAUAAUUGGUUCUAAGCCUGCAUCAAACGUUAAAAAAGUUUGCUUAGGAAGAGUCAAUGGGAGACCUGUACUUGCGAAUGUACCAUCGGAUCAUAACAGUUCAGUAAGCUCAGCGCUAAAUUCAGAAGGCACAGAAAUAUCUCUUGAUUCAUUUCCUUCUGUGAUAUUAGCAAAUGGUGCUAAUUACUCUCCUUUUCCAACACCUAUGAGGUUUGUGACGGGAAGAAAACACAAGUCUGUUCCAACUCGUAUAAAAUCUCCAAAACCGGGAUGCAGCUUCAACAAGGUUUUCAUGUCAAAAUCGCCAACAGCAAAAGCCUCGACAAAAUAUAAACAGUAUCCUUCAUCACCAUUGAUGCCUAUAGAACCUGUAGCACCAACUGUAACAGAAUCGAUUAAAGCAGGAAAAAAAAUGUACUCAAGAGAUCCAUCCCAAAGCCCUACUUCCUCUCCAACAGCAAAAUUCACCGGUUAUCCAGCAGAUGUUGCAGAGCUCAAGCCUUCUUCAAGAGGAUCGCAGAAAAAAAAUCGUCCUAAAAAAGAUGCACGUUCACCAUUAGUGCAUAUACCGUAUCCUGUAAUAAUACCAGAGCAAAAGAUUGCAAAAAAAGCAAGUAAACAGACGUUGCCUGUUGUCAAAGUACCAAAGGGACUGGCUAAAAAGUCUUGCAGGCGAUCUGUAUCUCCAGCUAGAGGGAAAUCGACUGGUGAGAAUGCAUUAAAUAAACCGGACAUUGCAGUCAGACCAGUAAAUGAAGGACCUAAUCAAGUCGCUCUGCACAAAGAGUCAAAAUUUAUCGCGAUACCUAGUUAUCAUCGGCACUGGUAUAAAAUCAAAGCCCCUGUAAACCAAGCAUUGUUGCACCAACCGAAUCAAGCCGACCUCUCGGAGCAAACUGGACAACUUGAUCUUGGAGUAUGUGUUCGCACGUUAUUGCCUCACCUUGUUAAGCCAAAAGUAUGAUGUCACCAUACAUGAGGUCUUUUGUUUUUUUUUCUGCUUUUACACUGACUCUUGCAAUUUUCACAUAGUACACAAUAGCAAUAAUAAAUUAUUUUGAUACUUAA